CUGUUUGAAAGCGCUUCCGUCCAGGCACAAGCGGCGUUCAGGGACCAGUACGCCUUCAGUCAUGAAGCUGCUGGUGGUCAGAACGGCUGUGCUGCUGGUCGGACUGGCGGUGUCGUGCAGUUCGGACUUCGCCCCUCCCACAAUCGACAUUAACCUGGAUGAUGAUCCACGAGUCAGAUGGUUGCCGAUUUUCAAAGCUUUUGACUCCGACUUCCUCAAAAAAGCUGCUCAAGAGGUCAUAGAUUCAACAAUUCCAAAAUGGCUUCAUGAAGUUCUUAGAGCUCUGGUAAAGGCCUCAGAGAAGUUCAUCCUUCCUAAACCUUACGGCGAGGAGAUCCGUGGCAUGGCCCCACAUAUUGGUGCCAGCCUCUCUGAUAUCAUCUUGCUCAACUUUGCCUACGAAGCAACUGCAUUCUGCACAAGCAUUGUGGCUCAGGACAAAGCUGGAAACCUGUACCACGGCAGGAAUCUCGACUACCCACACUCGGUUCUGAGGAAUCUUACUGUCAAUGUUAACUUCCGGAAGAACGGAAAGAUCUCUUACAGUGGAACCACAUUCGCUGGCUAUGUGGGUCUGUGGACAGGACAAAGUCCAUACAAGUUCACCGUCUCCGGUGAUCAGCGAGACAAGGGCCACUGGUGGGACUUUUGGAAGAAUAUGUUUUCAGCUUUCAUGUUGAGGAGAAGCCCAGUCAGCUGGCUGGUGAGAGAGACUCUAGAAGAGGCAGAAGACUUUGAAGAUGCUGCCCUGCGCCUUUCCAAAAUUCCCAUCAUCACAGGAGUCUAUUACAUCGUGGCUGGGGCGCGGGCAGGGGAAGGCAUCGUCAUCACAAGAGACCGAACGGGCCCCGCGGACAUCUGGCCGUUAAAUCCACUGCAAGGAGGAUGGUUCAGAGUCGAGACGAACUUUGAUCAUUGGCGUCCUGCCCCAGCCAAGGAUCAUCGAAGAGAAGCAGCAGAAAAAGCAAUGAAUGCGACUGGUCAAGAGCAUAUCAAUAUGUCUUCACUUUAUCAGGUAUUGUCACUGUCUCCAGUGUGUAAUAGCAUUACAGUUUAUACAACAACAAUGAGUGCAGCAAGCCCUGAGAAGUAUACCACGCUUGUCAGACCGCCGGACUGCCGCAUGACUAAUUGACCCCAAGCGCUUCCAGUGGUUCGUGAAGUGGAACUGUGAUUUUCCCAGUGUCUUACUGGAGAAGUGAGCUUUUUUUAAACACCCUAUGUAGCUGCAAAUUAAAGAACUCGUCUAUUCUGUGAUCAUCUGCUGCACACCACAGCUAUGAAUGUGGUCAUGUCAUCUGAGAUUUUUUUUCCAAAUGGCACAAGUCACCAACUGUGACCAAUUACAGAUGUAAACAAUGUGCUUAUUGUCUGAGGAAUUACAAAUGAAAGGACUAUGUUUGUUGUGGUGUGUCAGUUUUUAUUAAAUACAUAUAAAUAAAUAUUUUCAUUUGA